AUGGAAAACAGAAAGAAGUUAAUACCGAUUAUAGAAAGUGUUUUAUUCUGCGGAAGACAAGGACUAGCACUAACGGGCCACCGCGAUGGAGGAAGAGUGCUUGAUAAUGAUGAUGUAUCUAUUGAUGCAAAUGAGGGGAAUUUUCGGGAACUCCUAAAAUAUAGAGCACAAUAUGACGACCACAUACAUCAUGUACUUUCUAAUGCUAAAAAUAAUGCUUUGUAUACUAGUUGGAAGAUACAGAACAAAAUAAUUGAAAUUCGUAACAAAUUAAUUCUUGAAAAUUUAGUUAAAAAAAUUAAUUCUUCAUUGUACUUUUCCGUACUUGUCGAUGAAACAACUGAUAUUUCCUGCAUGGAACAAAUGACCCUGUGUAUUCGCUGUAUUGAUUCAACAUCUUCCAUUAUAGAGGAGCUUUUUUUGCAGUUUGUACCACUAAUGUGA